AGCAGCACCUUCAGACUUGGUUGCACCUUCAGGAAGAUGUGUACGGUCGCGUGUAUGGGGUUAUAACUAUUCAGUCAAUCAAUUUACUAUUAUUUAUGUAUUUAUUAUGUAAACCUUAUGGUAUAUGAAUAUCUUAAGGCCAAUAAUGCACCUUAGUAGACACUGUAGCACCAUUCUAUGCUUGGUAGCACCUUCACUGAUUGCACCUUCAGAGUAGGUAGCACCUUCACGGUCUGGUAGCACCUUCACAGUGCACCUUCUGAGGACUUGCCUUGCACCUUCACUAUGACUGUGCAUUAUUAGGUACUGUAUAUUUCUAGGGGUAAGCCUAUUAAAUGAGGCAUUAGGGGUAACUAUACAUUGUAUAUUUGUUGAUUAUUGUGCUUGUUAAUAAAUGCUUUAAAUUUAUAUCUGUCUUUGUUUGUCUGUUCUGGUCUGUUUAACAACUGGGGACAAAAGAUCCACAAAAAGUUGUUUUCUCUAGCCUUACGGGCUGGGCGGCAACAUUGGUGUCAGAAGUGGGAUCUUCAUAUUUUGUCAUUCAGUGAACAGUCAGAGCAGAAAACUUAACAGAUUAACAAGCCAAACAGCAAAUGCAAUGUAUACAUAGAUGUUUGAUAACAUGCUUUCCUGGUAACACCUGACAAAGCCAGAGCAGUCAUUUAAAGAUAUUUAUUUUGUAAUUAACAAGAACAAAAAUGGAUGACUCUGAGGUGUUCUUUGGCCGUAAUCUGUUGAUUGGCAUGGAUGAAAAUGCUAGUACACAUGAAGGUGAUGAUACUGAGGUGCAGAUGAGCUCUAGUUGUCCCAUUGAGGAUGCUGAAAUUGUUGUACCAGAUAGAGAAACUGUAUCUGAAAAUAGAAAUGUAGAGAACAUUAAAUGCAGGGCAGAUAAAGGUGAAUUAAAAGAACAAAUCAAUAAUCUAAGAGCAGUUCUUGAAGAUUUAGAAAAUAAAGUACAAGAUGCAGAGAUAGGUGUUGAAGAUGAUCGUGGUGAUCACAUAAUGGGUUCUAGGCAUAGCACACCGUUAAACAAUGACCGAAAUAGGAAUGAUAACCGUACAAAUUCAUUUCCGAGUGUACCUUUCCAAUCAAAACAUGCUGCAGUAAAUAAGGUUUUAAUGAAGCCACAGCAGUAUGACGGGUGCGAAGACUUUGAGGAAUAUAUCUCGCAGUUUGAAAUCUUAGCGGAACUAAACAAUUGGUCAUAUGCUUCUAAAUCACUGUAUUUAGCUGGUAGUUUAUCUGGAAGUGCCCGUGCAGUUCUGAGCGAGUUAGAUGAAACCAGUCGUAGAGAUUUCAAAUCUUUAGUUGAAGCCUUGAAAUUUAGAUUUGGUUCUGCAGAAAAAGCGGAAUUAUUUCGAGCUCAAUUACAAACUCGUGUACGUGCUAAAGAGGAAUCAAUUCCGGAAUUAGCUCAAUCAAUAAGGAGACUGACACGACGUGCCUACCCGACUGCUGACUCCAAAUUAGUAGGGACUCUAGCACUGGAAAAUUUCAUUGAAUCAAUUCCAGACGCUGACAUAAGACUGCGACUAAAGGAGUCAAGACCAAGAGACAUAAAUGAAGCAGAAAUCCAAGCAGUUAGACUUGAGACCCAUCGACUUGCAGAUAAGCAAAGGAGUAGACCUACACGCACAGUCUGUAGUACUACGGCUGACAGCACACAAAAACCCACUUGUGAAACUGACAGCACUGCCUCCUUGCUUCAGGGAUUCAAAGAUGAGCUUAGCUCUCUCACAAAGGAAAUUAAGGCCUUGGUGAAAUUACAGAAGCAGUCUGACAGUAAAACAAAAGUAGACUCAAAUAAAGGGGGAAAUAAACAAACUCAGUCAAAUAACCACCAAAGGGGAUGGAACCCGAGUGGUAAUUCAAAUAGAAAAUGGUCCAACCAGAAAGGGGGAAACUCCAAUGGGUGGUACAAUGGAAACAUCAACCAGGGAAACCAAGUUCAGUCGUAG